AUGCCCGCGCCCACCGCCUUCCCCAAGAUCUACACGGUCAACGGACCGUCGUCGACCUCGUCGUCGUCCCUCCCCUCGUGGUUGACCGUCAAGGCGCGUCCUACCCGCAAGGAUGGCCACAAGAAGCGCACCAAGACUCGUCACGAGCUCGGACAGCUCGAGCUGAUCCAAGACUUUAGCUUUACGACGGCCGCGAUCAAGAUUCGUACCACUGGCGAUGGUCUGCACGCCAUGGCCACGGGCACGUACAAGCCUAAGAUCAAGGUGUGGGACCUGGAGCAGCUCACCGAGAAGUUUGAGCGCACGACCGACGCCGAGAACGUCGACUUUUGCCUGCUCUCGAACGAUUGGACAAAGUCGCUUCACCUACAGCGUGACCGUUCGCUUCAGCUCCAUACGCAGGGCGGUCUGCACCACACCAUCCGUCUCCCCAUCUACGGCCGCGCGCUCGGCUACCACUCGCCGUCGACCGAUGCGCUCAUUGCGUGCACGGGCACCGAGGUGUUCCGCUUCAACCUCGAGGAGGGCCGUUACAUGGCUCCUCUCGAGGUCGCAAAGAACUGGGGCAAUGGAAUGGAGCGCGAGGUCGAGGGCGUCAACUGCCUCGACGUCAACCCUCGCCACGGCCUGUGGAGCUUUGGUCUGGACGGUGGCGGCGGUGUCGUCGAGUUCUGGGACCCCCGCUCGCGUUCGGCUCUGACCCGCCUCACUCUCCCUGCCGCUACCCUCCUCCCUGCCAUGUCGAUCGAUGCCGACUCGCCCUUUGCCUCGCGCCAAAAGCUGUCCAUCACCUCGCUCAAGUCGCACCCCACAGACGGUCUCUCGCUCGCCAUCGGAACGUCGUCGGGCCACGCCCUCCUGUACGACUUGCGUAGCUCUACGCCCUUUGCCGUCAAGGACCAGGGUUACGGCGAACCCGUGCGCUGUGUCGACUGGCUCCGCGGCGGUGGCCAGCAGGAGGACUCUGGCCGCGUUGUGAGUGCCGACUCCAAGGUCAUCAAGGUCUGGGACAAGAACGCGCCCGAGACCAACCACGUUUCCCUCCACCCUCCCAACCCCCUCGUUGACCUGCACCCCGUUCCGGACUCGGGCCUCAUGUUCGUCGCAUGCGACGCUUCGCCAUUGUCGACCUACUACAUCCCCGAGUUUGGCCCCGCCCCUCGCUGGGCCUCGUUCCUCGACUCGAUCACCGAGGAGAACGCCGAGGACAUGUCUGGUGCCGGCAAGGGCGCUUACAGCGACUACAAGUUUGUCGACCGCGCCGAGCUCGAGACCCUGGGCCUCAGCCACCUCAUCGGUACUCCAGCCCUCAAGCCGUACAUGCACGGUUAUUUCCUCGCCCUCAAGCUCUACUCGACCGCCCGCCUCAUCGCCAACCCCCAGAGCUACGCCGAGCACCGCGAAAAGGUCGUUGCCGAGCGUCUGGCGUCCAAGUCGGAGUCGCGUAUCCGCGCCAAGCGCGAGCAGCCCAAGGUCAACAAGGGCCUCGCCGAGCGUCUGCGGAAGGAGGCCGACCGCGAAGAGGCCGUCGAGGAGCGCAAGCGUGCCAAGCGUGCUCGCGACGCCGAGGAGGGAGAGGAGAAGAUGCAGGUCGAGGAGGACGACGACGAGGAGGGCGAGAAGAAGGCGCCCAAGCCGUCCAAGGCUUCGCUCCUUUCCGACCCCCGUUUCGCCGAGAUGUUCGCCAACCCCGAUUUCGAGAUCAACGAGGAGACCGACACGUUCCAGCGUCUCAACCCCGCUACAUCGUCGAGGCUGGUCAACGGCCGCCUCAGGACGGCUGUCGAGGACGAGGAGGACGACAGCGACAAGUCGAGCUCGGACGGAUUCAGCGAAGACGAGGACGACGAGGACGAGCCCGAGCAGGAGGAUGUCGAGGAGGAGGAAGAGGACGAGAGCGAGGACGAUGUCGAGGAGAGCGACGCCGAGAGCGGCGCCGAGGAGAGCGACGAUGGAGACGUCAUGCAGUUCGACCCUUCGGCAGUCAAGUCUGCCUCGUCGUCCCGCUCCUUCCCCGUUGCGUCUGGUUCUCGCCGCCCCCAGCUCGUCGUCGGCGCGCAGGGCAACCUGCCCAACCGCCCGCAGACUUUUGGUCAGCGCCUGCAAGCCACCAAGAAGAACGGCAAGGCCAAGGCCGAGGACAAGCCCGACGGAGUGCUCGCCAUGCGCCGCGCCGCGGACGGAGGCAUGGAAAUGUCCUUUGUGCCCAAGACGGGCAACGCCAAGCGCGGAGAGGGCAUCCACGACGACCAGGAGGACGAGUACUCUGGCGGCUCGUACCGCCGGAGCAAAGUGGAGAAGUUUGGUGCCGGCCUGGAGAAGGGCAAUGACGAGGACGACGAGGCCGAGCUCGGUAGUGGACGUACCCAGCGCAGGCACCCUGGACGUAGCGCGUCCAAGAACGCGUUCAGGAAACGAUAG